UGGUAAAACUCCUGAAAUUUGCUUAUAUACUUUUGUAGAAUUAUUUAUAUUCAAAUAUUUAAGUGAUUUAGGCAUUUUGACAGGAAAUUAUAGUUUUGACCAUUUAUUCAGUCUUUAUAAAAAAAAUAAUUCUGCGAAAGAUGUGUUGAGACACUACGCAAAAAUUAUCAGACCAAAAAUUAAAGAACUGUUUCCUGAAAGUGAAUUAGAUAAAACAACCAUCAUAAAUGGAACGAUUUUUGUUAAUGAGGAGCAAGGAAAAAUAAGUAUUCAUUAUGAGACAGUUUUCGAGGAUGUAAUUAAAAAGUUUGAAAAAUAUGGAAAAUUAGAGAAUAUUGACCAUGACUUCAAAAUUGUAAGGGCUGUAAAUCAAAUGGUAGGUGAACCAAAAGAAGGAAUGAAAAUUUGUGACCCGGCUUGCGGAGUAGGAAAAUUUCCUUUGGAGUUUAUAAAAGAUAAG